CGCGAAGGACGCACGUAGUGACCGACACAGCGCGAACCUAACAUCGGUGUGUGAUUGUGAUUUUACCUAGUUGUUGUAUCAGAAGUGUUCCAAGAUGUGAUAUAAAAUGGGGUUAUCUAUCGCACUGAUGUUGCUAGUGAUUGUUGUGAGCGGCGACGCCAGGCGGAGAGACACCUGGACUAACGGCAGCUGGUUCAACAUGGGUCUCUUGGAGUUUGAGGAAUGGUCGAAUCAGACGGAGCCGUUCUCAGACAGGUCCCGGAUGUGUUCCAAGCUAGUUGGACUGACCCCGGGACAGCGUCGGAUUUGCAGACGACACAAGGACCAUAUGCCGGCCGUCGGCCUUGGUGUCAGGAAGGGAAUCCAGGAAUGUCAGUAUCAAUUCCGGGAUAGAAGGUGGAACUGCUCCAUCACGCGGGACGAAACCGUAUUCGGUCCACUGACGUUGAUCGCAUCAAGAGAGACAGCCUUCACCCACGCUAUAACAGCAGCUGGUGUAAGCCUAUCCCUAUCUCGAGCGUGUCGCGACGGCACUCUCAGUUCCUGUGGAUGCAGCAGAGCUAACAGGCCCAGACACCUGCACAAGGACUGGCUCUGGGGAGGGUGUGGAGACGACCUGGAAUACGGAUACAGAUUCACAGAAGACUUCGUCGACAUCAGGGAAAGAGAGAGAAAAGUCAAGAGAGGCAGCAGAGAGCAGGGCAGGCAGCUCAUGAAUAGACAUAACAACGAGGCCGGGAGACGGGCUGUUAUAAAGAAGUCCCGGGUGACGUGUAAAUGUCAUGGCGUUUCCGGUUCCUGCAGCCUCAUCACGUGCUGGCAGCAGUUGCCGAGUUUUAGGGAAAUAGGUGAUUACUUGAGGGAUAAAUAUGAAGGUGCUACCGAGGUAAGAGUAUCGAGACGGGGCAAGCUACGUCUCGGCGAUCCGAACUACAGUAUGCCGACGGCUCAGGAUCUCGUUUAUUUAGAGGAAUCCCCAAAUUAUUGUAUACGCAACGAAACUAUGGGAUCUCUGGGAACGACGGGUCGGGAAUGUACCAGGACUUCAUCAGGGCUGGAGGGGUGUGCGCUAAUGUGCUGCGGCCGCGGAUACAACACACACAGAACCGUCCUCAGGGAGAGAUGCGAGUGUAAAUUCCACUGGUGCUGCCGCGUUGAUUGCAACACUUGCGUUAGAACCGUCGAGGUCCACACUUGUAAAUAGAUUUAGCUAAUAUUUGAUAUGUUAUUUAAUUUAAUUCUGUGUAUUUUUUAUGUUGACCGAAUAAUGAUUGUUAUUUUUUCUGUCAUUUCGAAAUGUCAAGUUGACAGAACAACUAAAUGUCAAUUUGAAAUACGAUCAAAAAUGACAAAAGACGGAUCAGUACUUAAUUAUUAUAAUUUAAUUUAUUGUUAAUACUCAUUAUUUUAAUACUCUCUGUUUGUAGGAUUUAAAACAAUUACGCCUAUUUAAUUUUGAUUGAUCACGUAAAACAUUAUUUAUAUAUUGAUUCCGCCUUUAGUUUCCAUUAUUCGAUAUAUAAUUAAGUGCUAUAAUUUAUAACUAAAUUAUUAAAAAAAAAUCUGGAGAACUUGAGAGAGAGAAUAUUUUCAUUAAUUUUUUUAAUCAUACUCACACAUAUUUUAUUCGUUAUAAAUUUAAUUAAUAUCAAAAAAUAUAUUUAUUAUCUUCUAUACAUUUACUUUGUUCAUAAUCAUAUUGUUAGCUUGUAAAUAGCAGCCAUAUUUAAUGUAGAUAAAAUAACAAAAAUAGUUCUUAAGUUUAAAUAGGUUCGUAAUUUUUGCUAGGAUAUUAGAAUUGCCUGACAUAUGUCUAAACUGUAAACUAACGUGAAUUCACAUACAUUAAUAUUAAAUUCAAUUCAAACUUAGAAGGCUAUAUAAUAUAAUCUAUGCUACAAUUGAGGCUCCCUAUAGUUAUAGUAUAGUUGUUUAAAGAAACAUUUUUUUUUAUCUUAAAUGUAUAUAAUAUUUAAUUAUUAAUUAUUUUGAUUUCAAUAAGGUUUAGAAUAGCGAUGAAACGAUCAAUGAAAUAAAAUA